CUUAAUUCUGUAGUCGUCUUUAAUCAUUGAAUUUGGGGGAAGUUACUUCUUUAUAAAAUAUCAUAAUCCAAAUCUCUUCAAUUCAAAGGAAAAUCAUAACAAAAAGGAAGAAUUUCUUAAAAAUAUAAAGGAAUGAAUAUAAGAAUGAGAAAAUCUUUAAUUUAUUUUUUGUUUCUAGCAUAUGUUACUACAGCUGUAGGUGGCACACUAUCAUGUUUAUCCUGCAAGGAUUCACCUUUGCCUCGUGACUGUCAAUAUGUAGAGAAAUGCGGACCCCACGAAGUCUGUUAUUCAAGCGCUUAUGUGACAACAGCUGGCGCCAUCAGGCAUGAUCUAGGAUGCAAGGACGUCAAUAAAUGUACAAAUAUUGUAGCUGGUAGAUCGGCAAAUAAUUUUCUGACGUGUUCCGAAUGUUGUAAUGGUACAUUCUGUAACAGUGCUCUUUGUGGACAGUCUGGAAUACCGCAGUUCUCGUCUGGUGUUAGAGGGCCAAUAUGCUACUCGUGUGACCAACAGUUGUUUCCAGACUCAUGUCAUAUCAUCAAGGAAUGUAGUAGAGACGAGUUAUGUUUGCUGUCACGAUUUGAAAGCCAAGUUGGACAUGAUAUACUGUAUCAAUCUAAAUGUGCCAGACCAUCUGAAUGUGCUGAAAAAAGUCAACAAUAUCAGAGUCAAGCAUUGUUUGGUAGAAGGCGUUUCAUUACUCAAUCAGAUACGACUAAAUGUGACAUGAAGUGUUGUAGCGAUGACUUGUGUAAUUCUGACUGUUUAGGAAGUGGUGUGGUUUCAUUUACCAGCGCUCCUCACAAACCCUCGUCAACAACAAUUAAAACAACACCAG